AUGGCCACCUCUGUCGGUUGGCAAACUUCAGCCUCCGCUAUUGAAAUUGCAAUGGACCGGAUAAAUUCGGAACGAUUAAUUGAUAAUAUUGAUAUAAAUUUCAUUUAUGUGUUCGACGACUGUAGUGAAUCGAAAGCUGCUGGGUUAUCAUCGAAACUAAUGAUGGAUGCGAAUGUCAGUGCUAUCAUUGGGCCAACCUGUAAUGCAGCUGGUCUCGCUGUUGUCAAUCUAGCUGGAUACUACAAUACACCAGUUCUCACUUGGGGACUUACGAUUUCCUCAAAUUUCAUUGACACUGCCAGAUAUCCGACAACUGUAACUCUAGUUCCAGUUGCCAAAUCUAUUGCUGCUGCAAUUCACGAAGUAAUGAUUCAAUUCGAGUGGACUGAGUUCGUUUACGUUUUUGUUGAAGAUGAGAAAUGUGGUUACUUCCGUGAUGAUCUGGAACAAAUCACAGCCGAUUCGAACUAUACAUCAUUGAGUAGAACUAUUCAAAUCUAUGAUCAAUCCUACACAAACUUGGUUAGGCAAUUGGAAAAAUUGAAAACGGUUUCAAGAAUCUUCACAGUGUGCCUACCAGAAGCUGGAGACAUCAAACGACGAUUCAUGUUGGCUGCUUAUGACUUGCAGAUGACUACAGAAGAGUACGUGUAUCUGUUUGCUGGACCGAAGUCUACCGCUUAUCAACAAACAUCAUCUACUGGAGAUGUCGUUGGCAUAUGGGUUGAUUGGAGUGAUGAGCCAGACGGACGAGACGAAGAAGCCAAGCUGGCAUUCAUGAGAACUAUGGUAAUUGUGGCAACUCCUGUUCAAGGAGACAAAUAUGCUGCAUUCAAAAAAGAUGUCAUCGAAAGAAUGAAGCUGCCACCAUAUAACUGUAUAGAGGAAUGCAGUGAUAAAAAAUAUCAAGAGGCAGCAGAGUAUGCUGAUCAACUUCAUGACACCGUCUAUCUUUAUGCGCUAAUUCUGAAUAAAACAAUCGAGGAACAGGGAAUUGAACAAAUCGCCAAUGGAAGUAACAUUGUAACCCGUGGAGCAGGAAUCGAGUUUGAAGGAAUGUCCGGUGUUGUGAGAAUGAAUGGAAUUGGGUAUCGGUUGCCUAAUAUGAACUUGGCUAAUCUGGAUUCCAAUGCCACUCAGAGAACUGUUGCAUUCAUGGAUAUCGAUGCAUCUAGUGUAAAUUGGACGUAUGCAAUAAUUGAUCAACGUCUGAUUUGGGAUGCGUACAACGGGCAUGUCCCACAAACUCGUCCAGAAUGUGGGUAUACCGGAAAAAGUUGCCCUGUGAAUUUCUUCGUUGACUACCUCUACAUCGUCGUAAUCGUGGCUAUAAUCAUUGUUCUCUGUUGUGCAGCUGCUUUGAUAGCAGCCUACAUGGUCAUUAAAGCAAGAAGAGAUGAAGAACUGAGACUCGAUGACCAAUGGAUUGUGCCACAUGGAAUGCUUCAAACAAUAAUGAAAGGACGAAAAGAAAGUCAUCAUUCCUCAAGAUCGCUUCAAAGUAAUUCAACAACAACCACUGGUACAACUGGUAUUUCUUCAAGAUCUGUUUUCUUUCCGGAGACAGAAUCACAAGGAUUCUUUAUUUACAUGAAUGAACCAGUACUGGCGAGAAAAUAUCAACUGCGAGUUCCGAUUUUCAAACAGGACCGUGCUGAACUUCGAAUGCUGAGAAGUAUUGAACACGACAAUGUGAAUCGUUUCAUCGGUUUAUCCAUUGAUGGUCCUGUUUACAUGUCAUUCUGGAGAUACUGUAGUCGUGGAAGCAUCAAAGACGUCAUUGCGAAGAGCUCAAUCAACAUGGAUGGUUUCUUCAUUUAUUGUCUGAUGAAAGACAUCGCCGCUGGGCUUCAAUACAUUCAUCAUUCUCCAAUAAAACAACACGGAAGUUUAACUUCUGAAUGCUGUUAUAUCAAUGAUAGGUGGCAAGUCAAAAUAGGGGCUUAUGGGUUGUCAUUCAUGCAAGGAGUUGAGAAACGAUCAGAAGAUGCAAUGCUUCACACAGCUCCGGAAGUGUUGAGAGAAGCAUUGGUAUCAGGAAGUCAAGCUGGAGAUAUUUAUAGUUUUGCCAUUGUUUGUUCUGAACUGGUUGGACAUUGUUCCGCAUGGAAUCUGGAAAACAGAAAGGAAGAAGCUGAUGAAAUCAUUUUUAUGGUCAAGCGGGGUGGUCGAACUCCUUUCCGACCCAGUUUAGACGAAGCCGAUGAAGACAUAAACCCAGCAAUGCUUCAUCUGAUUCGGGACUGUUGGGAUGAAGAUCCGAAACAACGACCGAAUAUUGACAUGGUCAACAAGCUGAUGAAAAACAUGAACUCUGGCAGGUCUGGAAGUGCAAAUCUGAUGGAUCACGUAUUUUCGGUGUUGGAGAAACAUGCAUCGAGUCUAGAGGAUGAAGUACAGGAAAGGAUGAAGGAGCUGGUUGAAGAGAAGAAGAAGAGCGAUAUAUUGUUAUACAGGAUGUUGCCUCAGUAA